AUGCAAGAUUUUGGGGCCGUGGUUUAUUUGACCACAGCUUUCCUGGAAAACUUGGUUUCACAAAAUGCACCACCUCUGUGGGCCGCGCCGAGGAGGCCGAGUGCAGGGCCUGCGGGGUGGGCGGCAGGUCACGAGAUCAAGGCUGCGCCCCCGUCCGCUCCGCACUUCGGCCUCGCGCCCUCCCUUCCUCCCGCCGGCGUCACCGGCCCCGGACGGCACGAGAGGAAGGAAGCGGUUCCCCGGUCCCACCCCCGGGCCGCCUUUCUCCGGUGCCCGCAUCCUCUCGCGCCGCCGCCGCGGCUUUGGAGGGUCUCACGCCGCCUGCCCGCGCAAGGGGGUGAACCCGGCCCUCACCCUGGAAGGCAAGCGUCUGGGCCGCCGCGAUUGAGGGCCGGGGCGUAUCUGGGAGGGAAUAUUACAGGCCGGGGCUUGGGGUGUGCGGAGAUAGGCAUCCGGAGGUGCGGGUGGGGCGCGGCCGGGGAAUCCAGAAACCCUGGAGGGGCGCGGGAGUGGACGGAGGCGCAGCAGGAAGCGCCCGGGGCCCGGCCGGGCCGGUCGGGCCGGGGGCGCGGUGGAGGGGAGGGGCCCAGCGGCGCCAGGUUGGGCCGUCGGGUCCGCCCCCCUCGCCCGGGAACCUCGCCGGGAGGGGAGCGGCGGGGAGGAGAGCGGGACCCGCGGGUCCUCAGAUCCCGGGACCGCCCUCUCGCGCUCCAGGGCGGGGGGCGAGCGCCUAAGAAAGCUGGAGCCGCCUCGGCAGCAUGA